AUGUUUGCAGGCAGUGUGGGUGAAGCUUCAGUUAGAAGUCAGUUCUCAUUAGAGACCAGAGGACACAGAGCGGAAAAGCCCCGUUUGUGGGGGGUUUGGGUGAAGCUUCAGUGUGAGGUCCCAUCGUCUCAGACUCCAGAAGACUCACACACGGGAGAAGACCCAUGUUUGUGGGGAGGGUGGGCAAAAUUUCAGGAAGAAGUCCUACCUCGUCAGAAAAAAGUGCUGAAGCCCUAUGUUUGUGGAGAGUGUGGCAAAGUUUCAGAGAAGUCAGGUGUCAUCACACACCAGAGUACACACAGAGGGGAGAAACCCUGUGUUUGCAGGGACUGUGGGUGA